CUUCGAGUAAUUACUGAAAUCAUAAUGCACGUGUUGAUUUUUCUGGCACUUUGUGUCGCUACUGUUCUGGGCCAUCCCUCCGGUUCACUGAGAGUAACUGGGACAAUAACCAACAUUGAAAAAUAUCCUUCAGCCGCUUCCCUCCUGAGGGGGAAUCCAUCUAUAAAUUCGUUCUGGGCAGCUUGUGCUGGCGUCAUUCUCAACAACCGAGCUGUUCUCACUGCUGCUCAUUGUGUACAUGGUGACAACGCUAACCAGUGGCGCAUCUUUAUAGCGUCUUCAUAUCCGAAUCCUACUGUCGGUCACCGAGAAGUCCACUUGGUCAACCGUAUCAUCGUUCAUCCUUCGUACAGCUCUAGAACCUUAGACCAUAACAUCGCUAUCCUGCACUCCGAUACGACCUUCAUCUUCAGCAGUAGAGCCAGCCCUGCUUCCAUAGCAGGUCCUAAUUAUAAUGUAGCAGAUAACCAAACCGUCUGGGCUGUUGGAUGGGGCCAACCCUAUGUCUGCGCUGAACCACGAUCUCUGGCUGCUGUGAACGACAGACGCGUACGAGACUAUAUACAUGAGGUUCAGCAAGUGAUUAUAAACCAGAACACAUGCAGAAACAACUAUGCGGCUCCCAGCAUUGCUAUCACUGAUAACAUGUUAUGUUCUGGCUGGCAUACUAAUGGUCAUGGACAUUGUGACCUGGACUCUGGUGGUCCACUCUACCACAAUGGUGUAGUUGUUGGUAUCUUUACCUUCAGUGUUGGUAUCGCUCAAGCCAACUUUCCCAGCGUUCAUACUCGUGUCUCCCGCUACACCUCUUGGAUUACCUCCAACGCAUGAUUUAAAAUUUUAACCAGUUCACAAUGACUUGCUUUUUGAGUUUUACUGAAAUUGUAUUGCGAUAAAUAAAGUUUGAAUUCAA